CCGAUACCGGCGGGUGUGGGCGGGGCCCUGGCAAAGGAAUAUGACGACGGGCCAAAGAUGGAAAAAGAAACAAGGUCGGCUCGCUUUAAUCUCAGAAUUCUGCCUUGAUAUUGCGAGUUCUGACAAUAACGUCAGAAUUCUGAGGUCAAAGUGAGAAUUCUCACUUCAAGUCAGAAGUCUGUCUGUCUCCUGUCGAAAAUGGCUUCUUGUCGGGUGUCAGCCGCAAUCACUCUUUUGUGUUUGUGUCUGUUCUCCAACAUCUUCUGGUACAUGAUCAUCAAACAGAGGAUGCUGCCCUCUCCCACACCUCAGAGCAAAAGUUCCACAUCUGUGCUUUGUAAAGGCUGCAGGAAAGGGAUUGACGACAUGUUGAAGCGUUACUCGAAGAGGUGGGAGAAGAACGAGGAGAACUACCGGAAGUUCACGUCCAAGCUGAGCGACUCGUGUCGAGGGUUCGAGAGGGCCAUCGUCACACAGGCCAACACGCCCGUUGGAACCAAACUCGCCUACGAUGGCGAAAUUAACAGGAUGCUGCGGGUGACGCCAGACAUCUUCAAAACAUUCAUAAAGGAGCAUCCAUUCUCCAAGAAGGCCUUCAACACUUGCGCCGUGGUGGGCAACGGUGCCAUCCUGACGGACAGCGGCUGUGGAAAAAUGAUCGACUCUGCGCGAUAUGUGAUCAGGUGCAAUCUGCCGCCUUUGACCGACGAGUACAGCGAAGACGUGGGCGUCAGGACCGAUCUCGUUACAGCCAAUCCUUCCAUCUUCGUGAAACGAUACAACUCUUUGUUCGGACGACGGCGGGACUUGAUGGAGAGACUGCAGAGCUACGGCAAGUCCCCGAUCCUCGUUCCCGCUUUCUCUUUCAUCAGCAACACGCAGGUAGCUCUGCGGUUGGCCAACAUCCUGGAGGACUUGGACAGCCCCUCUCGUGCCAUCUUUUUCAACCCGGACUACCUGAACAAUCUGUCCCGCUUCUGGGCUGCCAAAGGCCUGAAGACUCACCGGCUCAGCACGGGCUUCAUGAUGGCUAGUCUGGCUCUGGAGCUGUGCUCCAACGUGCACCUGUACGGCUUCUGGCCCUUCAGCAAACCCCCGCAUGGACUCCACGCGCUGCCCUAUCAUUACUAUGACGACCCCAAGCCGGUGCGCUGGUGGUACCACGCCAUGCCGGCCGAGUUUGACCUGCUGCUCAAGCUGCACAGUCUGGGCGUGCUCAGGCUUCACCUCGGACGUUGUCCACCGGUUGAAUAGUCGUCAUCGAAAUGGAUCACUGAAGCCACACAUUUACAGUAAACAAAACAAGGAAGACUUUUGAAGUUUAAGCCUGAGAGGUUAUUUAAUACUUGAGAUCUGGAGGAUUUCUGAGGCCUGUGAGUGGAAUUAUAUAGUGUUUUUGAAGGUAAAUUACAAUUACAAUGAAGGUAAUUACAUCGUCUAUUGGGGCCAUUUUUAGAAUCAAAACGUAAGUACGUCAAUGCAAUAUAACAAAAAUGGGAAAAUCUUGAGAGAGAAGCUAGGUAUUUUUCUUCUAGUUUAAAAAAAAAAGCUAGUGAUUAACGUCAGGGAAAGGAAAUCAUUUAAUUCUUGUCAAGACGGCAACAGCACAGGGCAGAGUUUGGAGCCUUGAAGGACGCCAUGUUCUCAUUUGAGUGAGAAUCCCCGAACACAAGUGGUGAGGACGUGUAGUGCAAAAGAAAAAUCACAGUCCUUAUCGCCUUGGGAACUUUUCUCUUUUUCUGAUUCUCUUUUGUGACCCGUCCCUCUCACUCCAAAAGAGCAUGAGAGAUUGCAACCGUGACACGCUAGAUAAAGUUCUCACGUUGAAAUCAUUUGCAUUUUUUUUCCCGUUUCCCACGAAACUGCCAAAAGCUGUUUUAAGACUGUCUUGAGCAGCUGAAGUGUCCCCCCAUCCCGAGAGGCCGCCGGCCACUGUGAAAGAGCAGAGUUUUGCAGCCGCAUGUCCCAGCGGGUCACAAUCGGGCUGUAUGACAGCUCGUUUUGCGAUGCGGAAACAAACAUGACAUCCCCUUAACGGCCCAACUGGCUCUACGCGCGGAUCGUGCGCUAAUUUUAGAUGGCUUCCAAUU